AUGCUGAAGCCAAAGGAUCUGUGCCCUCGGGCGGGCACUCGCACUUUUCUGGAGGCUAUGCAAGCUGGCAAGGUGCAUCUGGCACGUUUUGUCCUGGAUGCCCUGGACCGUAGCAUCAUCGACUGUCGGGCGGAACAGGGGCGCACGCCACUCAUGGUGGCGGUGGGGCUGCCAGACCCCACGCUCAGAUCCCGCUUCGUGCGGCUGCUGCUGGAGCAGGGCGCGGCCGUGAAUCUUCGAGAUGAGCGGGGCCGUACGGCGCUGAGCCUGGCCUGCGAGCGCGGCCACCUGGACGCCGUGCAGCUGCUGGUGCAGUUCAGUGGCGACCCCGAGGCGGCCGAUUCGGCAGGCAACAGCCCAGUGAUGUGGGCCGCAGCGUGUGGCCACGGAGCUGUGCUCGAGUUCCUGGUGCGCUCUUUCCGCCGCCUUGGCUUGCGCCUCGACCGCACCAACCGCGCCGGCCUCACUGCGCUGCAGCUUGCGGCUGCCCGAGGCCACGGUCCUUGCGUCCAAGCGCUCACGGGGCCCUGGGGCCGUGCUGCGGCUGCCGCGGCCGCCCGCGCACGGGGCUCUACCUCGGACAGUCCCCCAGGCCGGUCCAGCGCUGCGCCCAGCCCUGAGCGUCGUCGGCCUAGCCCCCGCCGCCUGCCGCGGCCCCUUCUGGCCCGCUUCGCCCGGGCAGCUGGCGGCCAUGGAGGUGAAACCGGUUCCGGGGGCAAGGGCUCAGGCCGACAAAGAUCGUUUGGCAACGAGCGGCCAGAAUUUGGCCGCAGCAUGAGUUUGGCGCUGGGCUCCGUGACCGAAGAGGAGGCUGCGCGGGUCCGAGCAGCAGCUCAGCUCCCCAGGUCAAAUUCUCCCCAGGCGUCGGGCACCGGGAGGUGGCGCUCUCAGGAGCUCCUGGAGGGCAAAGCUCUGACCCUAAUCAAGGCUCCUGGUGGGCUCACCCUCCAUCCUGAGGGCGGCCCCGGGAGAGGCCGUCUCGGUCUGCGCCGCCGUUCUACUGCGCCGGACAUCCCCAGUCUAGUGGGGGAGGCGCAAGGUUCAGACGGCGGGCUGGAGCAGGAGCCUGACUCGCUACCCCUCUCUCUGCCGGGCCAGCAGACCCCCUGGCAGGAGGGUACCGAGGCAGAAGCAGUGGUCUUGCAAGCUCAGCGGUGA